ACAAACAUUUGGCCAGAACACCGCAAUUCAGUUUGUUUCUUGCAUCAAAAUGAUUCUCUCCCGCACCAAAUCCGAGUCGGCAAAGGGCAACCGCAAUUCUGCGGGUUCGAGCAGCGCCAAGACCGCCGCCAUACCGAGCUUCGAGGACUUCCUGGUCAAGCGGGAUUACGUGGGGGCGAAAACGGUCCUGCAGUGCUCCAAGGACUACGAUGAAGUGCCGGAUCCGCUCAAGGAGCUGUGGGUUGCGUUCUGCAACUUCCACAUCGGGGACUACAAGGAGGCACUGCAGCAGUACGAGGCCAUGCACGCAAAGGAUCGCACCGAGAAGGAGGUGGCGUUGAAUAUCUGCGUUUGCCAGUUCUACCUUGGAAUGUACGAGGAGGCGCAAAAGUUGGUCGAAGAGUUGCCGGAGAGUCCGCUGAAGAUUCGGCUGUUGUUUCAUCUGGCGCACAAGCUUAGCGAGGAGGAUCGGUUGAUGGAGCUGCACGGAUCGCUGCGCGAUGUGGUCGAGGAUCAGUUGAGUUUGGCUGGGAUGCACUAUCUGCGAUCGCACUACCAGGAGGCGAUCGAUAUUUAUAAGCGAGUCUUGCUGGAUAAUAAGGAUUUGCUGGCGUUGAAUGUUUACAUUGCGAUUUGUUACUACAAGUUGGAUUAUUACGACAUCUCGCAGGAAGUGCUGGAUUUGUACUUGAACCACCAUCCGGACAGUACAAUCGCGAUCAAUUUGAAGGCUUGUAAUAGGUUCCGGCUGUUUAACGGUCGAGCUGCCGAGCAGGAGAUUAAGAACAUCGUGGACAACGGAACGUUUGGAGCGGAUUUGAUCAAGCACAACCUGGUGGUGUUCCGGAAUGGUGAAGGUGCUCUUCAAAUACUACCGCAUCUGAUCGAUAUUGUACCGGAAGCUCGUUUAAAUCUGGCUAUUCAUUAUCUGCGUCGUGGAGAGAUCCAAGAGGCACACCAACUGAUGAAGGAAGUUCAACCAUCCGUUCCACAGGAAUACAUUUUAAAGGGGGUGGUUCAUGCCGCCUUAGGACAAGAAACCGGUUCAAAAGAGCACAUGAAGAAUGCACAGCAGUGUCUUCACCUAGUGGGUGGAUCCGCCUCCGAGUGCGACACAAUUCCCGGUCGUCAAAGCAUGGCCUCCGCUUUCUUCCUGUACGGACAAUUUGAAGAAGUGCUCGUAUAUCUGAACUCGAUACGCAGCUAUUUCGUCAACGACGACACCUUCAACUACAAUUACGCCCAAGCAAAGGCCGCCACCGGAUAUUACAAAGAGGCCGAAGAGCUGCUUCUUCAAAUCCACGACAUCGGAAUCAAAACCGACCACACGUACGCCAUGGUCCUGGCCAAGUGCCACAUCCACUCGGGGCACGCUGACCAGGCUUGGAACAUAUUCCUCACGAAAGAUUCAACCCCGGAGGCGUUCAACCUGCUCCAACUGAUCGCGAACGAUAGCUACCGCGUCGGGGAGUUCUGGGUGGCGGCCAAGGCGUUCGAUACCCUUGAAAAGCUGGACCCCAACCCCGAGUACUGGGAGGGAAAGCGGGGCGCCUGUGCCGGAGCCGUGCAGGCAAUCCUGGCCAAGCGGUCAAGUGGUGCUCCACCGGGUGGCGUUGCCGAGGUGAUUGCCCUACUGCGGGACUCAACCAACAGCCAGGCGGAGAGUAUGCUGCGGACGAUUAGACGAUUUGCCAGCAGUAUCAAAUGAACGCGAAGGAGAGAUUAAUGAGCAAAAGUUUCCUAUCGAUUGUGGUACACAUCUCGCAUGACUCUUAAUAAAGUUUUUCACUUUGAUUUGCCGUGAAAUUGGGAAA